AUCGCAUGUGUGUCGGCUCACGAAUCAAUCGCAUGGGACAGAAUUCUCCUCCGUCUUGGCUGAAGGGAGAGGCAAGGGGAGAGGAAGAUGGUAAGGGCAAGGUCGGUGCCAUGCCGACAUUCGGCCGUGGCAUGGCAACUUGGCGGCAUUGCCCACCUUGUUCGCGCAUGGGUUGCUCUGAAUUUCGGUAUGCAUUCAGUUUGAUUGUGGACGUGUGGUUCGGUCGGGUUGUAGUUUAUGUGUGUCCACAGACAGCAGUGAUUCGUGUGUAUGCGUGGCGGGUGCCGGUGGCCUGCCUUCUCUCUCCACCCUGAUCAAUUUGUUUUGCCUUUUGGCUGUGUGUGUGGUGUGGGGAAGUAGGGCCUGCCUGCUGCCAUUGACCUGCGUGUGUGUGCGGUUGCUGCAGUCAGUGUGCAGACGUCGUGUGGUGACUGUGUGCGCAUUCGUGAGUACAAGUGCACCAAGCCGCCAAAUGGUUCUGUCCACUCAUGCCACACAAGUCUCAUGCUACGUCCCGUGAUGAGUACGCUCAACACAGAGAGAGACAGAGGGAGAGAGACAUCCUGUGAUGAGUACGGGGGAAUUUGUUACGGGGUCUGCACCGAGCCCAUAAAUCAAGAGCAUUCCCAACGUCAAUCCAUCCACCCGUCCCUCGCAAAAUCCAAGUAUACAGACAACCGCACUCAUCAAUCAAAAGACACACGAGUCGCCAGUACACACCAUAACAGCAACGGCCGGAUGUACGGAUGCCUUGGUGACGGGCCUGUCUGUCUGUCUGUCUGUCAGCUCUCACGCCUUGAUCUGUGUGUGCGACAUGACAACAGCGCGGCACAUGGAGCAGGUCGGCUGGCGGUGUCUCUGUCUGGUCCUCCCCCAGCAGCUCACACACAUGCACAUGUGGCUGCAGGGAUGGAAGACCACACAUGGGCGGCGCUCCGUGCACACCACACACUUCUUCUGAUCCUCCAGGUCCACCAGCUUCUUCUGACACCGACUGCUGAGUGUGUUCAUCUGGUCCAAGGCGUUGGUCACGUCGCUCAGAGACGAGUUGACGUCAGCCUGCAGCUGGAGGACGGCCUGCUCGUCCACUGCCGUGCGCAGCCGAUCAUCGUAUGAGCUGCAUACACACACAGGGGUCAGAGGCGCUUUGUCUAUGGCUGGCCUUACCUGAUGGCCGACACGUUGAUGAAGCCGACCUGGGCAGCGCUCUGUGCGCCCUCCAGCCUGAAAGGGCAAUGGACUGAUUGCACGUGGGUGUCCAUACAGGUAUGUGUCUCUCCUCACUGUUUUAUUUUUGCGACGGAUUCCUCCUUCUCGCGCCGCAGGUUGGUUAGUUGGGCCUCAAGCCUGAUGGAAACCGCCACAGCAAUGUCUCACCUGCGCACUUCACGUAUCAAGAGACUGACUCGCGUAGUUUCUCCGUCAGGCCGUGGUUGGUCUUGACGGCACACUCUUUCUCAGCCGUGACAGCCGUGACCAUUUGCACCUGGCCCUCUAACCUGAUCAGCAGGCACGUGCACUUGUGCCGAUGACAUAUCUGUAACGUGCAUUCGGUCUGUCAUCCGUCGCUAGAUAUGUCUCUGACUUGUUCUGUGACUCCCUCAGUGCUGCGACGGUCUUCUGCUCCCUCAUCAGCCUGCAAGCAUUCAUACAGUGGCAGGCACACAAACAUCGACCGACACCUCACAUAUAGGUUGAGGUCCUUGUCACCCACACCCACGUCUGCUUGAGGUCUUCGUUUUGCGCCUUGAGUCGCUCUAUAGCAACACUCAUCUUCUUGCUUUUCGUUGCGGCGCUGACCCCGACCAAUGCCCACACAACAAUGGCGGCAUGGAUGCAGCAUGAAUACCUCUGUCGCUCCUUGGCAAGGGCUUCGUUAAGGGCCGCCUCUCGCUCAGCCGCCAUGGCCUGGCACUGCUGCAGUAAGUCGUCUUCGGAGGUGGCGUCGGCCCUCGCCUUACCGACGCCGACUUCCCCGCCACUGCCAUCCGCACGGACCCGGAUGAUUGCACAGAUGCCAAGUUAUUUGACUCUUAUGCUCACUCCUCUGCUGGCACUGUAUCGCUUGUCGUGUCUGCAGCCACACCAACACUGCCCUCACUGCCGAACACGGCAGAGCAAAUCAAUCAUUGUGUCGUCCCUUCGCGUGACAUGCCGUCCGCAACCCUUUUCACUUACAGUGGACUCCCCUUACAAUCAACGAGGGUACAUGUAGCAGCAGCAUCGUGUCUCUCCGGUCCGCGCGCCCGUGCGGCGCUCUCACCACCCCCCGCCCUGACAGUUACCGCCCUCCGAUGCUGUUUCCUCUUGGUGCGCUUGACGUUGAGAGUCGCGGACUCUGACCGGGAACAGAGGAUCACCAGCUAUGGAUGUCUAGAGGAAUAAGGGCUCUGCUUGUCCCUCGGCUGACCUAGAAGUUGCUGGUCGAGGUCAAUAUCGACUGGACGAGGCUGUGCUACCUGCUUGGUCAGCCAUGAGAUGAGCGCGCAAGCCCAGGAGCCCAACGAUAAAGCUGCUGCCGUCAGCCGAGAGGGGGUAUUCAAGAUUACUCUUCUGAGCUUAUGGAAUGCCUGCCGAAGCAGCCGUAAUGGGUGUUGCCUGGUCAGAGCCCACAACCACAGGCCAAAGAUGACGAGCAUGGCGACCACCGCCAGUGGAAAGCAGACGCGGCCCUGUUGGACGGGACCUCGUUGCUCAUCCAUGUGGGCCGUAGCCGCCGCCCUUAGCCGUGCCGCCAAAUUAUGGUGACCCUGUGUGCCAGAAACAAGAAUGGCAUGUAUGAGUUUGCCAGCACGAGGGCGAGUAUCGACCUGUACCAUUGCCUUGGCUAUGUCAGCCGGUCUGGUAUUCCAGGGGUUAAAGCCAGGUACAGGGAGAGUCGGAUUGGCGCCUUUUGCCAGUAGCAUGUCGGCGAGGUCGUGGGCACCACUGAGAGAUCGAUGCAAGACAUAUGUAUGUCUCGUUGUGUCGCAUCCAUGUGGAAGUAUCCAUCUCACUUGAGUGCGGCCCAGUGUAGGGCUGUGCCCGAUUCGCCACAGUCAUUGACGUCUGCCCCCCUCGCUAUGGCCAUCCUUGCGAUUUCGACUCGAUUCGGAAUGUCAUCUAAGUACUGGGAGUUGUGCCAGACCGCUGCCAUCACCAACGGGGUGCCCAGAUUGGUACGCGCAUGAAGAUUCGCUCCAUUCUCCAGUAGACAUUUGACACACGAGACACAAGAGCCCUGACAGGGAGGCAACACAUAAUUCCUGUCAUCUGUCUCCGGUCAUCUGCCUGUCUCCGGUCAUCUGCCUUGUGUCCUUACGUCGAGGGCAGAUUGGUGGAGGGCAGUGGUGUUCGUCACUAGAAUCCUCUUGCGAAACGGCGGAGGGAGAGGCUUCUCCUUCCAGGCACUGUCGACCCACUCCGCGAUCGGGAUCGUGGCGUCGAUGUCGAUACCUACCCAUACACAAGACGACAUUGUAGUGAGAUCAGCUCGUGGGGUCCUUUGCAAGCCUUACCGUAGUCGAUUAGCGUUUGUGUGAUGGCAACGCAAACUGCGUAGGGACAGGUGAUCAAAUUUGUGUGAAGUGCUGUCAUGCUCAUGUUAUUCACGCUGUGCCGGCCAUUGAUGUCCACGCCUUUGGCACCCUCUCUCGUUGUCUCCAGCAGCAGCUGGACAAGCUCAAUGUUGCCAGCAAUCACCGCAUGGUGAAGCACGGAUUUGCCCUUCUCAUCGCGGGCAUCGAGGUUGGACACGUGUGGAAGAAUCACGGGCACUGUCGACAUGGGAUAUUGGCCAUGAACAGCAGCAAACAGGGCCUCCUCCAGCUCAUCGUCGGUCUGAUCGCUGUUGAAGGGCGGCAGAUGGGAGCGCAACGACGGCACAUCGGCCUACAUGCAAAAGCAAACACCAGAAAGGUGGGUGUCUGAACACCAUGGGCGGUACAUACCGCGUAUGCGGCCUUUGCGGCGGGAGUAGAUACCCACCAAGGAGCACCAUCAU